CUCAGCACACGCUGUCGAGUAUAAUGUUGCGGACGACACUCGUCUUAGCCUUGUUAGCUGGAUCUGUGACACGUGGCGUCAUCUUUUGUGAAGGUCAUUCAUGUCCAAUCAAACACAGCUAACCAAUGUGGUGAAAACGAGCAUUGGGACAUUUGCUACCUCGACUGUGGCGUCGGUCAGAGCUGCGACGAUGUUGGCAAGAACUGGACCUGUCCUGAAAACCCGCCGUGCCACGUUGGCUGCAGGUAUAAUGUGGGUCACUGGAGGAAUGAAGAAGGGGACUGUGUUCCCGAAAAGCAAUGCCCCACACGUCGCUGCGGUAACAACGAGUAUUGGGAGCCAUGCAUCCAAGACUGCAGGAACCAGUCCUGCAACUUGCUUGGCAAACCCGCGUCGAGCUGCCCUGGUCGUAUAGUGGGACAGUGCUCCAGUGGAUGCAGGUGUUUGCCGAAACACUACAGGGACUGGCGAGGCUACUGCAUACCGGAAAAAGAAUGCCGUGUGUAUUUUUUGCAAUCAUGUUGGCAUAAUGCGUGUUAAAGGUUUGUUUUCAGGAAUCACCCUGAUUAGUAAAAGUGUCACUGAUACUUGAGCAGUUUACUCCGUUUCAGUGUAUCUUAGUUACGUGAGUGUAUGUAA